AUCAAUCACACCUUCGCCGAGUGCAAACGGCUCGGUAAACCCGCUUUGAUCACCUUCAUGACAGCCGGAUUCCCCUCCCCCGAUGAAACGCCCGCUAUUCUGCUCGGAAUGCAAGCCGGAGGGGCAGAUAUCAUCGAACUCGGUCUUCCAGUCUCCACCCCCACAGCAGAUGGACCCACAAUCCAGGAAGCCUCGAAGCAGGCCAUUGACAACGGAGUAACAGCUCAGUCGACUAUGCAAAUGCUCCGAGACGCAAGAAGCAUGGGCCUUCAUAUCCCCGUAAUCUUGAUGGGCUAUUACGCCUCGGUGGUCGAAUACGGAGACGCUCGCAUGGUCGCGGAUUGUCGGGACGCGGGGUUCGACGGAUUCUUGAUCGUGGAUAUGCCGUGCCAGAAAGCAGUCGGUUUCCGUCAGCUUUGUCUGGAGUCAGGGCUCUCCUACAUCCCCAUAAUCCCGCCCUCUGCGAACGACUCGGCUGUCGCGGAUCUCUGUGCCAUGACGGAUUCGUUUAUCUACCUCAUCUCCCGUGUGGGGGUCACGGGGCAGAAGACGCAGUUCGAUCGGGAAUUCUUCCAGCGUGUGAGUAGAGUCAAGUACCUGGCUGGCUCUCUUCCGGUGGCAGUUGGGUUUGGGAUACGGACUCGUGGGCAGGUUCGGGCUGUGGGAGCUGUUGCUGAUGGGGCGGUUAUUGGGAGUCGGAUCGUGAGUGAGCUGGCUGCGUCACCACUGGGGAGCAGGGCUCAGGCUGUGAAACGGUUCUGCGAGAUGGUGAAAGGG